GGUCAAAUCGAGUGGCGAUGGGUUGGGUUGGGUGUCUUCUUUUUAUAUUUUUUUGUGGUGCCUAUAUUCCCAAAAAGGGUUUCUCUAACAACACACUGCAGCACAGAACGAAGGAAAGAUAGAUUUACAAUCCACACACAGCCCUCAACAAAGCUCUCCUCCCAGAGGGAUAAUAUUACUGUACCUCCUUAGCUUCAUAUCCCACAGACUACAUAAGCUUCACUAUCAUCUCUUUAAUCUUUUACUCUCUCCCUCCCUCCGUUUUUUCUAUCUUCUUCGAUCUCGCCUCCUAUCUUCUGCUAUGGAUCCAUUUGAUUUGGUUCGCAAAGUUUUUGAGAUCUCUGACAAUCGAUUGCCUGGAUAAUUCGAGCUUCUUAUUCUGGUUGUAUUUUCUUGCUCUUUUGAUUGUUUUAGCUUUUUAUAGCGUUUGUUUUCUCUGAUUUUGUGCAAAAUCAGGUCUUUUUGAUUUGCUGGUCAGGGUUUUAAUUAGCAAGAUUUCUUGAUUAAUUAUCUAUGGGGAAUUUGUGCUUUACUUUCUUUGUUGGAAAUGGAGCUAUUAAUAUCGUUUUCUUUUUGGGAUAAAUCUCAUUAGUUCGUCAAUUAUGGGGUUUCGGGCAAUUCACUCAUAUUUAAUGCAAUUAGUCUUGUGUUUUCUCAAGUUUGUUUGUGUCUUACGUUUUUUGUUCUUGUGCUACUGUAAUAGUAUCCGAUUAAGGCCGUUCACUUAUUUUCAAUGAAAUUAUUGGGAGUUUCUUUUUAUGCUACAAUUAAGGUUCAGUUGUUAAAUGUUAAUUAACCCUCUUGUAUUUGUUUAGUGUAAAUAUGUAUGGAUUGUGGUGUGUAUAUUAUUAGUGAUGCUAUUAAAGCUGAGAUAGAAAUUCUUCCAACACAUUUAUAAUAGUGUUUCUGAAAGGAGUGUUGUUGAGAUAUGGUAGUUACAGUUAUUAGUAUUGUUAGAGAUAAUGUUGUCGAGGUCAUUUGUAACAUGGUGGACUCUAUGCAUGUGAGCAUGUCUUGGAAUAUAGCUCAUUUGUCUGUUUGGUCGAUUAGUAUAAGCAAAUGAAACCGUUUUGCAGGUUUUGGAUAAAGCGGGCUGCAACUCAAGGUUAUUCUUUAUGUCAGUGUCUUUAUAUGCAUGUAGAGUUUUCUUUGUUUCCAUUUUGGUAUAGAAAUGAGCUUAUCCAAGAAAGGGUCUCAAACCAGCAAUACGAAGCUGAAUAUUCCAAACAAGGCAACUGCUUUGAAUCCCAAUGCUGCAGAGUUUAUUCCCUUCUUUCUCAGAUCAUCAUCUUCACCAUCUGGAAGUACAUCAAACAUGGCAGCUGCUACAGCUAGAUUUACUGCUUCUGGGACCAUAGGGAAAGCAGUGCUUGAUCGAUCAGAGUCGUCUGUUUCUAAUGCUUCUGAUGAUGAGGCCCAUCAAUUCUGGCGCCACCAGCUUCCUGAUGAUAUAACCCCUGACUUCAAGGUCAUGGGCGAAGAUGAGUCUCAAGCACCUGGAGGGAUCUCUUUAGCAGGCUUGUCUUUACAUGACAGCAGUGAAGCGACAAAGUUCCCUGUCUCUUUAGGUAGUGGAUACAUUUUGCCUGAGCAACAGGAGCCAUCCCCACGACAUAUAAAUGGUAGCAGCUUCAGUGAAAAGAUGAGAUUUGUUGCUAGUUCUUAUGGAGACGAUACUACUUCAGCUAGUUAUUUGAAUUUGCCUGCUAAGCCCUGGGACAAGCAUGUUGCUAGCAGUGAUCAGCUUCUUGGCAGUGUUAGGGAGGUGCAUCCGUACAAUGGGAAUUCUAGACCUGGAUUAAUGAAUGACGUGUUAGGUGAGCAUGCAAUAGUCGAUGAUAUUGACAUGAACCCUGUGGAGUUUUUGGCUUCAGAAUUCCCUGGGUUUGCUGCUGAUAGCCUUGCGGAAGUCUAUUUUGCUAAUGGAUGUGACUUAAAUCUCACUAUUGAGAUGCUUACUCAACUAGAGCUUCAAGUUGAUGGUGGUUUCAGUCAGAAUAUGAACUCAAAGACUUUUUCAGCUCCCAAUCUGAGUGCCCUGGACUUCCCAGCACUUCCUGUGCAAGAUAGUCAGAAUGGUCCUUCAAAAUAUGCUGGAGAUGAUCUUCAGCAAAGUGGCAAUCCUUAUCGAUCUUCUGACAAAGAGAACAUGCUUUUAUUUAAGUCCAGUUCUUCCAUCCCAUCUAGAGGUGGUGCAAUAGAUUUUGCUUCAGCUGUCCGGAAGUUGGCAUCUCAGGAUUCUGGCAUGUGGAAGUAUGACAAAAAUGGUUCUGCUGAUUCCACAGUUGGCUCAAGCAGGAGUUCCCAUGUUUUAACUAGCUCAUAUAGUAGUGGGAAUGGGAGAGGCAUUUAUGCUGAUAGAGUGCAAAAUCGUGGUUCAGCUCGAGCAGCUCCUGUCUGGCUUGAAACUGGAGAAGCAGUGGCAAAUGUGUAUUCUGAAUUGCGGGAAGAAGCUCGUGAUCAUGCACGGUUACGGAAUGCCUACUUUGAACAGGCACGGCAAGCUUAUCUCAUCGGAAAUAAGGCUCUAGCCAAGGAAUUGAGUGCGAAGGGGCAGCUUCACAAUAUGCAUAUGAAAGAAGCUCAUGGCAAGGCACAGGAAUCUAUUUAUCGCCUGAGGAACCCAGUUGGUCCAGAGAUGCAGGCACAGGGGAGGGGACACGAGCGGAUGAUAGACCUUCACGGUCUGCAUGUAAGUGAAGCCAUUCAUGUUCUAAAGCACGAGCUAAGUGUUCUAAGGAGCACAGCACGGGCAGCAGAUCAGCGUCUGCAGGUUUAUAUAUGUGUUGGAACAGGCCAUCAUACCAGGGGUUCUCGCACUCCAGCAAGACUUCCAAUUGCUGUACAGCAAUACCUGCUUGAAGAAGAGGGCCUUGACUACACUGAACCACAGCCAGGGCUGCUUCGAGUAGUGAUCUAUUGAGCCAAAAGACUAGACUAUGCGAGGUAUAGGAGUUUUUUGACAUAAUGCAAAAUCCAUCCAAGUUGUAGUCAUCAAAUCAUUCUUGUAUCUGUACAUGAGAAGAAAUGGAAGAAAGUAGUUGAAAGCCUCAAAAAUGGAAAGAAAAAAAAAAGGAAAAAAAAAAAAGAACGAGGAAAAAAAAUAAAAAAGCUAGGGAAGAAGGGGUUAAGAAAAUGAUGUAGAAGUACCGUUAAGGUUUAACCGGUUGACAGCAGCAUUACUUUCGGGAGCCAUCAGGAGCCCUACAUCAGCCGAUCUUUUGCAGCUCUUUUGCAUUUUGUUAAUUUUGUACCUUAUUUUUUGUUACAUUCCCUUUUUUUUUCUUCUUUUUUUCUCUGAUGUAACUGACAGAAUUGAAUUACAUGAUAGUACAAUUCUUCAAGCA